AUGGACACGCCUUUAGACUUGCUGAAGCUUAAUCUAGAUGAGAAAGUCUUCGUGAAGCUGCGCGGAGCCCGGGAAAUGACAGGUACUCUACAGGCAUUUGACUCACAUUGCAACAUAGUGCUGUCAAAUGCCACCGAAACGAUAUACGAACUGGUAGAAGGUGAAUUGAAGUCGAACACCAAAGGCUCAGAGAUGGUUUUUGUCAGGGGAGACUCUGUGACGCUGAUCACUACGCCGGCCGAAUAA